GGUGCUCAAAGAGAACCGAAUCUGACAAAUGAGAUCUGCGCAACACUGGUUGACCACGUUGUCAACCACGGCCUGACGCUGAGGGAGGCUGGACUGCGAGUACAGCCAAAUCUAAGCCGAUACACAGUGGCAAGUGUGAUAAGAACAUAUCGACUGGAAAAUAGGUAUUGUAAAAAUAUCAUCAUAUCAAAAACAUCUGCAGGUUUCAGUAACUGCUUACAGUACUGUAUUCUAUGCACUAUCAGCACUUCUGUUACCUUUUCCUGUGAAAUUACUGUACUAUUGUUUACUGUUUUUAUUUUUCUACAUAGGAUUGAGGGUCAGGAACGACAAGGGGGAAGGCCUCCUAUGUUCACAGAACAGCAAGAGCGGGAGAUAGUAAACAUGGUUUUGGCCAACAAUGCUAUAACACUCAAUCAGCUCCAAGCUAACAUUGUCAAUAACCACGGCUGUUUCAACGAUAUCCAUCAGGUCUCAACAUCAACACUGGCACGCAUCCUAAAAAAAAAACAUAUUCAAAUGAAGCAAAUUUAUCGAGUGCCUUUCGAGCGCAAUUCCGAAAGGGUGAAACGACUGCGGCAUGAUUAUGCAGAGAGAGUUUUACAAAUGGAUGGAGAGGAGAUCCAGCAUGAGUUCAUUUACGUAGAUGAGGCUGGGUUCAACCUGACGAGAACACGAAGGAGGGGAAGAAACAUCAUUGGCCACAGGGCUAUAGUCAAUGUCCCAGGGCAACGUUGGGGUAAUAUAUCACUCUGUGCAGCCAUUACACAGAAUGGGGUCCUCCACUGCCAUGCCCAUAUGGGCCCUUACAACACAGCACUCAUACUUACAUUCUUGGACCAAUUGCAGAACAUAACAGCAGCAAAUCAAAUCGAUCAUAUGCAAUACAUUGUUGUCUGGGACAUUGUGUCUUUCCACCGCUCUGCUCUGGUUCCUAACUGGUUUCAGCAACAUCCACAUUUCACCGUCCUAUAUCUUCCACCAUACUCUCCAUUCCUCAACCCUAUAGAAGAGUUUUUCUCGGCAUGGCGGUGGAAGGCAUAUGAUCUCCGUCUCCAGGCUGAGGUACCCCUCAUCCAAGCCACGGAGGAGGCCUGUGACCAGAUGGAGGUAGCAGCAAUGCAAGGAUGGAUUCGUCAUUCAAGACGUUUCUUGACAACAUUGCCUGCGAUGUUGAUGAAAUUCUCUGGCCAGAUCCAGCUAGGCGAAGAGACAGUCUAGUUUUUGGGUUUUUUUUUUUUUACAGUAAACUUACAGUACAAUACGUAAAGUGACAUUUUGUUACAGUAUUCUGAAUCUCCAUGUCAACAUUUUGGGCGUGUUGAGAAAUAAAUGAGUUUCUUCAGUCUGCAACAUUGGUCUUGUGUAGUGUUUGGUGAAUUUACAUUAUAUUUGUGCUUUGUUGAUGGUAGCCUACUCUAAUCAUAGGGAAGUAGAAGUGCUAAAAGUGUUUUAGGUUUAUCACAGCAGAGUGUAACUCGUGCAAACAGAGUAUAGUAAUGUGAAACGUGUGUGUUUCAUAUGGUAACAAAGUGUGGUUGUCAAACAGAAGAGUAUAGUUUUUACAAGAGUGUUUAAUUAUGCAAAGGAUCUGUAGUGUUUUGCUAUUUGGGUGUGUGGUUGUGCUAAUUGUGUGUAGUGUUUUGAAAACACGGGCCCUGUUUUGAAAAUCGUGCUUAAGCAAUCCAAAAAAACUGUAAACAUAUUAAGCAUUUCUGUUUAAUAAUCGGU